AUGUCCAGGCUAGAUCGGUUCUUGGUGUCGGAGGACUGGGAAGGCCACUUUAAGGGGGUAGUGCAGUGUACUCUUCCUAGGCCAGUGUCCGAUCACUUUUCUAUCCUAUUGGAUGGGGGAGGGGUUAGUAAAGGACCUGUCCCUUUCCGGUUUGAAAAUAUGCGGCUAAAGGAGGAGGGUUUUAAGGACCUGUUGAAGGGAUGGUGGCAAAGUCUAAGUUUCAAUGGAUCCUUUAGUUUCAUCCUUGCAGAGAAGUUGAAGGCUUUGAAGGCUAUCUUAAAGUCUUGGAACAAGGAUGUUUUUGGGAAGGUGGGAGUCAAUAAGAAAUUGGCCUUGGACAAGGUGGAUUUUUGGGAUGGUCAGGAGAAGUUACGCCCUUUAUCAAUGGAGGAACUGGAAGCUAGAAAUGAAGCAAAGGGGGACUUCGAAAAAUGGGCUCUAAUGGAGGAGGUUUCUUGGAGACAAAAAUCAAGAGAAGUGUGGUUGAGAGAGGGUUUAGACUUUAAUAGAAUUGGAGAUGAGGAAGCAGCUAGAUUGAAGGAGGUAUUUUCAGAGGAUGAGGUCUUCUUGGCUCUCUCAUAUCUGAACGGGGACAGAGCUCUGGCUCCAGAUGGCGUUGAGGACCUUAGAGACUUCAGACCGAUCAGUUUGGCGGGAGGAUUGUAUAAACUGUUGGCAAAAGUGUUAGCUAACAGGCUUAAGAAGGUAGUGGGCAAAGUGGUGUCUUCAACUCAAAACGCCUUUGUUGAAGAAAGACAGAUUCUCGAUGUUGCCCUUAUUGCCAAUGAGGCAAUAGAUUCUUUGUUGAAACAAAACGAGAGUGGGGUGUUAUGUAAAUUGGACUUAGAGAAUGCAUACGAUCACAUAAACUAG